CAGCGGCAGGGGGCGUGGCGCCGGCGGCCCUGAAGCGUGCGCAGGCGCGGGGGUCGCCCUGGGACUGAUGGCGGAAGUUGACCUGGUCGCCGAGUUCCCCCAGCCGGCGGGUGCCGCGCGUUGGGCCGAGGUCAUGGCUCGCUUCGCGGCCCGGCUGGGCGCGCAGGGCCGACGGGUGGUGUUGGUCACGUCCGGAGGCACCAAGGUCCCGCUGGAAGCGCGGCCGGUGCGCUUCCUGGACAACUUCAGCAGCGGCCGGCGCGGUGCAACCUCGGCCGAGGCCUUCCUGGCCGCGGGUUACGGGGUCCUGUUCCUGUACCGCGCUCGCUCUGCCUUCCCCUUUGCCCAUCGCUUCCCGCCCCAAACCUGGCUGUCAGCCCUGAGGCCCUCCGACCUGGCCCGCUCGGGCUUGCUGAGCUUGGAGGCCGAGGAGAAUGCACUCCCAGGCUUCGCUUCGGCUCUGCGGAGCUACCAGGAGGCUGCUGCUGCCGGCACCUUCUUAGCGGUAGAGUUCACCACUUUGGCAGACUAUUUGCAUUUGCUGCAGGCUGCGGCCCAGGCGCUCAGUCCACUAGGCCCUUCUGCGAUGUUUUACCUGGCUGCGGCCGUGUCAGAUUUCUAUGUUCCUGCCUCUGAAAUGCCUGAACACAAGAUCCAGUCAUCUGGGGGCCCACUGCAGAUAACAAUGAAGAUGGUGCCAAAAAUGCUUUCUCCUUUGGUUAAAGACUGGGCUCCCAAAGCAUUUAUAAUUUCCUUUAAGUUGGAGACUGACCCCUCCAUCGUAAUUGAUCGUGCACGAAACGCUUUGGAAGUUUAUCGACAUCAAGUGGUGGUUGCUAAUAUCCUUGAGUCAAGACGGUCCUUUGUGGUUAUUGUAACCAAAGACUCAGAAACUAAGUUAUUGCUAUCUGAGGAAGAAGUAGAAAAGGGUAUAGAGAUAGAAGAGAAGAUAGUGAAUGAUCUUAAGUCUCGACACACAGCAUUUAUUUCUGACAAAAACUGAAGUAAAAA